AUGGGCGACUUGCCAGCCGAUCGCGUCACUGCCAUCCGACCAUUCGCUGGAGUCGGAACUAAUUUCGCUGGCCCUGUCUUAGUCAAGUCGUCCUGCUUUCGUAACGCGUGCUCACAUGGAGCCUACCUGUGCGUGUUCGUGUGUCUCUCCACUAAGGCCGUUCAUCUGAAACUUUGGCACUGGUGUUGGUGUAUAAUAAUAGUUGCUUUGAAUACUUCCCAUGGAGAGAAAUUCACGCUUGGAUACUUAACGGGGUCUCAACGGCGGCCUGGCGACUUAAAUUAUCAAAAACCUGGAAGAGUUAUAUCUGGGGCAAUCUCAAUGGCAGUGGAUGAAGUAAACGAAAAACUACUCGGACCCAUGGGACAUUCAUUAGACUUCGUCGUCGCCGAGACUUAUGGCCAAGAAGAAGUUUCAAUACGACAGGUUGCCGCUCUGUGGGCCGCCAAUGUGUCUGCGUUCAUUGGUCCUCAAGAAACGUGUGUGCAUGAAGGACGCAUGGCCGCCGCCUUCAACUUGCCCAUGGUCAGCUACUACUGUAGAGACGUAGCGAGCUCCAAAAAACACGUGUACGCAACGUUCGCCCGCACCCGGCCUUCGGACAUCGACAUAUCGCGCUCCGUCAUCGCCGUGCUCACGCAUUUUAAUUUCAUGCAUAUUGCUAUCGUCUAUCUGAAUGCACCGAACCAUGAUUUCUCUAGACUGGCAUUCGCUAUAAUAACAGCUGCUAAGGAUAAGAAAAUAGCAGUCCGAACCGUUCAAGUAUACCGUCAGCCUUAUUACUACGGAGACAUAGCAGAGAAUAUAACUCGAAAUCCAUUCCACGAUAUUGUUAGAGAAACAUACAAAGAUACUAGAAUUUAUGUGUCGGUUGGCUAUUAUCACGACCACAUCGGACUCAUGCAGGCCUUGGAUGCAAUGAAGUUAUUAGAUACAGGUGAAUACGCGGCAAUCGGUGUUGAUGUUGAAAAAUAUGAGCCAGAAGAGGCAAUCAGGUAUCUGUCGGGUCCAUUACGGAAAGAGCCCGGACCCAAUGUCCCGAAGGCUUUCCGGUCGUAUCUCGCAGUGGCUCCUUCCCCCGCACCCUCCUACCCUGCUUUCGCCAGGGAAGUGAACCGACGACUGCAGAUGCCGCCUUUUAACUUCACCAAUCCUUUGCUCGCAUUAGGCGGAGAAAAAGUCAUCCCAGUCGAAGCGGCGUGGCUCCACGACGCGGUGUGGGUGUACGCGCGGGCGCUGGCCGAUGCUUUACGGACAGGCGAAGGAGCGCGAGACGGCCGUGCCAUCGCCGUCCGGAUGAGGAAUACUACGUAUCGUAGUGUCAUGGGGUAUUGGGUUCACAUGGAUGAAAAUGGCGAUGCCGAAGGGAACUACACUCUCCUAUCCAUCGAUCCAACGCGCUCUCCGGGACUCUAUCCACUCGCCGUUUUGCACAAAACUGCUCCGGAAUUACGACUCCUACGAGAGGUCAAAUGGCCUGGCGGUCGGGCGCCCCUCUCGGAGCCGCCUUGCGGAUUUCGAGGAGAAAAAUGCGUCAAUCACGUGGGCUCUUGGGCCCUUGGUGCCUCAGGCGGUACUCUAGCACUGUUAGCGCUGGCUGCACUCGCUCUGUACCGCGGCUGGCGCUAUGAACAGGAACUAGACUCACUCUUGUGGAAAAUCGACUUCAGGGAUCUGCAUCUGCCCGAUGAGGACCAGCGAAACAACAAACUGAAUAGCAGCGCGGGUGUAAAUGCAAACUCUAACAACGCAAUAAGCAACGAGAAGGGCAGCGCGGGCGGCGCGCGCUCCAGCCAAGUCUCGCUCAGCUCCAACCCCGACCUGGACUUCCGCUACUCCGCCAUAUUCACCGAGGUCGCCUUCUAUCGCGGACGCCUUCUUGCCGUGAAGCGCGUACGACGGAACCAGAUCGACAUCAACCGGGAAAUUAAAAAGGAACUCAAAAUCAUGCGGGACCUACAACACGACAACGUUAAUGGAUUCGUGGGAGCUUGUAUCGAGCCUCCCAACGUGUGCGCUCUCUCCGAGUAUUGUACUAGAGGUAGUCUUAAGGAUAUUUUAGAAAAUGAAGACAUCAAAUUAGAUAAUAUGUUCAUCGCUUCACUCGUAGGUGAUAUUAUUAGGGGAAUGAUCUUCAUCCAAGAGUCCCCGCUGCAGUACCACGGAGCACUUCGCCCAUCAAACUGCUUGGUCGAUGCGCGGUGGGUGGUAAAGCUCGCGGACUUCGGCCUCAGAGAGUUCCGGAAGGGAGAGCUGCCCCCCUCAGACCCCACUGUACUUCGCUCCCAUAUUGACAGUCUCGCGUACCUGUCCCCGGAACUGCUGCGCGCGGCGGGCUGGGGCCAGGCCAGCGUGCCCGCGUCGCUGGGCGGGCGGGCGGGCUCGCCGGCGGCGGACGUGUACGCGUUCGCGCUGCUGCUGUACGAGCUGCACACGCGGCGCGGCCCCUUCGGGCCUGACGCGCCACCGCCGCCCGCGCUGCUGCGCCGCCUCGCGCACCCGCUGCCCGCGCCCUACAGGCCGCCGCUGGAGGCGCUGGCGGGGCGCUUCGACUGCGUGCGCGAGUGCUGCGCCGAGUGCUGGGCGGAGGACGCGGCCGCGCGCCCCGACUUCAAGGCCGUGCGGGCGCGCCUCAGGCCGCUCCGGAAGGGCAUGAAACCAAAUAUAUUUGAUAACAUGAUAGCUAUGAUGGAGAAGUACGCAAACAAUUUAGAAGCGCUAGUCGACGAGCGCACUGAUCAGUUGCAGGAGGAAAAGAAGAAAACUGAAGCGUUACUGGAGGAGAUGCUGCCGGCGCCCGUGGCCGAGCAGCUGAAGCGCGGCCGGCGCGUGAUGCCCGAGAGCUACGACUCCGUCACGAUAUACUUCAGCGACAUCGUCGGCUUCACCGCCAUGUCCGCCGAGAGCACGCCGCUGCAGGUAGUCGACUUCCUCAACGAUCUCUACACGUGCUUCGAUUCAAUUUUAGAAAAUUUCGAUGUUUACAAAGUGGAAACAAUAGGAGACGCUUAUAUGGUGGUGUCGGGGCUGCCCCUCCGCAACGGCAUCCUGCACGCGGGCGAGGUGGCGUCCAUGGCGCUGGCGCUGCUCGCCGCCUCGCGCGCCUUCCGCGUGCGCCACCGCCCCGACCACCGCCUGCUGCUGCGCGUCGGCAUCCACUCGGGCCCAGUGUGCGCGGGAGUCGUGGGACUUAAAAUGCCUAGAUACUGUCUGUUUGGUGACACCGUCAACACUGCCAGUAGAUUUGAAUCUACGGGAGUUCCUCUCAAAAUCCACUGCAGCGGCGCGUGCAAGGCGCUGCUCGACCAGCUGGGCGGGUACGUGCUGGAGGAGCGCGGCGUGGUGGCCAUGAAGGGCAAGCGCGACCAGGUCACGUGGUGGCUGCGCGGCGAGCAGCCCGGCGCGGCGGACGCUCGCGCCCGGCGGCGCGCGGCCCGCGGCGCGCCCGAGCGCGGCCCGCGCAGCUCGCUCAAGACCAGGCCGUGGAAGAACCAAGUCGGCAGCUUGCACAGGUGUUGCAGUUUAGAAUCUCCAAAGAAACUUCGUUUCGCUUCUAGCAACCAUUUAGAGUCGCACACAGAUAGUGUUUUACAUCAUCGAAGUGACGAAUAUUUAAUGGAAGCCGCGGGCGAGGCGCGCGCGGCGGGCCCGGCGCUGCUGGCGGCGCCCAGCCUGCGCGAGCACACCAGCGUGUCGUGCCCCAUCAUCGAGCAGGCCGAGAGCUGCGGCGUGCGCCUCGUGGUCAACGGCCGCGACCCCGCCGGCGUGCCGCUGCUGGCCGACGCCUAGCCGCGCUCGCUCUAGUCAACGUCGACCGGGGCCGGUCGGCCCGGUGCGACCCCUACCGUCCGUGCGGUAGAAAUCGUGUGAUCUACGUCAGUAUUAUUAAGAGCCUCGUUCGAUAGAAAUUAUUUAAUAACAUUAAACUCUUAUUUCACAAUUGA